CACAACACCACUCGUACCAUCACCAUCCUUCGUCCCGACAUCAAGAAGACAUCAAACACCUUCUUCAAUUCACAUACAUACAACGUAACAGCAAUCGGAAUGCUAGGGUUGAAAUGAAGCACUUCAUUGUUUUAUUUGUUUUCGUGUUGAUUGCGCUUCUACCUGCGAUGGCCUUCGUCCAUCUGGAGUGUGGCCGGAAUCAACUUCAACGUCAACAUCAUGUCAUGCAUUCAACGGCAAUGCCUACUAAUAUUGUGGGUCCAAGAGUUCCGAUAAAUGAAGGUUUUCCAGGCCUUAAGAAAAUUUAUGCAAAUCCCGAUAUUUUUGUAAUCGAAAACUUUCUUGACGAUUCUUACUGUCAGGAUUUGAUUGAUAAGGCUUCUGAGAAGAAAUUGGUACGAUCCCCAGUGGCUUACGCAGGUUGGACUGAGGAUUUCAAGGACCUUGUGGAGCUCUCGAGUAAAGGACCUAUUGCAUGGAUCGCAUUGUUAAGUUCUUGGUUUCAAGUCAAGAAUAGUGGAGGUGGUCAGGUUGAUUUGGUAGUUCAUGCCCUGCAAAAUUACGCCGUUGUUUUUGUGGUAACAACAAUUCUCAUUGGGGGAUUUACGUAUUCAAGAGCCGAGGGCUUGAAAGCCUUGAGAACGAGCACUUCGACAACAUUAGACGAUAUGACUAAUCCAUCUAGUGGGGCACGGGAAUUCGUGCGCCAAGCUUCAAAACUUUUCCAUUCCAAUGAGGACUUCGACACAUCGAUCGUGUCGGAAGCUGCUCUUUUUGAGGCACCCACCGUAAUCAGGUACGAACCUGAUCAAAUUUUGGCGCCUCACUAUGAUGCAAACCGAUCUGCGGAAACAGAAGACGCGAACCGAGGAGGACAGACACUGGCGACAUUACUGGUGUAUCUUAACGACGUCGAGAGGGGGGGAUUGACUAGAUUCGGAAAACUGAGCUCUUCCGCUGCGAUCGGAGACGUCGAUAGAGAUCGCAUUACCAGUGCGGAUGAAGAUAAGCUUAUCAUUCAGCCCAAGCGGGGCGAUGCCCUUCUUUUCUUUCCAGCCGAUCGCAACGGACAGUUUGAUCCAAGAACGGAACACGAGGGGAUGCCGGCAAUUGACGAGAAGUGGAUUGCGAGGAUAUGGAAACAUCAACGUCGAGUUCCAGCUCCUUUCGGACUGUCUGAAGCAUCUCUUUCUGAUCUUGGCUAAUUUAGAUCAAGAAGAUUCUAAUCAUAUUUUCGGUAGGGAAGAUUGGGCCUGAAUUCUUCGCCCAGCAAUAUAGCUAUUUCAAAACUGAUUUUUCGAAUAUUUUUCUAACGAAAGGUUGGUGAAUUUUGAGUGUUUUGCUGACUUCAUUCUUUUUUCCAAUGUUAUUCUGUGUUAAAGAACAUUAGAAUAACUUCAACCACCAGAUUUAGUAGUGGGUUUUACAUGAGUAAUAAUGUUUAUGCUAGUUA